CGAGGGAGAACGGCAAUGUGGGCGUACCCGCCGACGCGGAGGCAACUAGCGGCGACGAUCGGCGUCUUCGCCGCCGGCGCCACCCUGAUUGCGGUCGGCGUUCACCUCUCCUUCGCCAAUGUCGCUUCUCAGCAAGCCCGUGCCAAAGCUCGCAGCGAAUUCGUUAGGUCUCGCCUCCGGAAGUUCCUCGACGAUUGACCCUCCUAAGCCCCCGCCGACCCCCCACAAGUGACGAUUUCGCACUCUGCCGGUGAGCAUCGCCGUCUUUCGGUCAAUCCCCGGCGAGCUCUGAAUCUGCCCCUGUUUCUGCUUCUUCAACGGCAUAGUGCUUGGGUGGUUCAGUGCAGAAGGACAAAAGUGACCAUUGAUGUAGCGUCCAUGGAUUCGCCAACAGAAAACACAUCGUUGCAUUGGCUUCUAAAUGUUGAGAAGAGAAUUAUAAGGGUUUUGGAGCUAGCCAGUGGAGUGAUGAACGAACUAGCUAGUCCUGCUGGUCUCAAAAAGGAAUUUAUCAACAACCAUUGCCGUGAAUUCAUGCAACUAAUCAAGGACAUCCAAGUAACAUUGAGAGAUGAAAUCAAAAGUGCAUUGUGAAUACUGCCCAUUUGAGAAGUCCGAUUACAGUUCCUGAGUAGCUGAUGAGAUUUGUCUCAAAAAGCUGAAAUAUGUCAUUUCUCAGCUGGAUGGAAUGAAAGAGACAAUUGGAAAACACGAUAGUGAAGCUUGAUCACCCAAAGUUCAGCCGAUUAAGAAUAGUACGAGAUUCUGUAUUCUGGUGGACCGUAGGUUUUUGUUGGAAGAUCCACUAAGGGAAAUUAUUGCGGGAUAUCCAUCUUUCUCAGAUCAGAAGCACUUACAGUAUAAGAUGGGAGUUCUACUGUUUUCAUGGAUGAUGCUUUGGUUUGGCAUUUUCUUUUGGGUUUGUGUAAGGUGGAUGCACCUUACUUGGCAUGCCCAUUGUAUUGACAGGUCCAGAACAGCACUCUAUGGCCGAAACAAAUCAUGUAAAAAGCACUGCAGUCAUCAUUCGCUUGUGCUGGUAUAAUGCGAACAGCAGAGGUUGAGAUUUUAUUCAUGUGAA